AAAAAACUACCGUAACAUCCGUCCGGAGAAGGAGGCCGAAGGCGAACUCCCCGGUCCGGAAGCCGCGCCGGCGGCGGCACCGCCCACCCAACCCACCAUGGCUUCGCUGCCGGAUCUCCCACUUCCACCCCAUUCAGACCCAUACUCCCCUUCCACAAGGGAGCACGCGGCUGUCUCGCAGGCCCCUCGUGCGGCUCCUCCGGGCAAUCGAUCGACAUCUGCUGACCCUUGGGAGGUCAGGCCGGAAGGUGCUCCACUGCUUCCUAAAAGCGCAGAGAGCUAUCCCGACUUGCUUUGAUGAAUCCAAUCGAAUCAAAUUGGUGUGCCGCCUUGAGCACUUUUUCUCUGGGAACCAAUCUUGACUUUUCUGCUAGUAAAUCAUUGGGCCACCACAAAUGGAAGACAAGGAUGCGGCGCCACUGUUCUUUUGUUUAGUUAUUAAUCAUAAGCCUAACAGCAUCUGUAUUCCUCUGCCCGGUCAUCAAGUCAGUGGAAGAAUCAAUACAAUCAUGCACGGCUCCACCAAACCUGAAGAUGAUAUUUUGGGUAGGGGCUUUCGGCGCAAUUUCUGCUCAGAAAAAGGGCUGAAAAGCGCGUUGCUUGUGCCUUACUAAAUGGACCAGAGACCUUACUGGAAGACAAGCACAAACCCUUGAAGCAACCACCACAUCACUUGUGAAAUCUCACAUAGCAGGAAGCUCGCCGGCGAGAGACCCAUGGAGGCUGCUCUUGUCACCGUUUCCACGGGGGUGAUGAAGCCCCUCCUGUCCAAGCUCUUCAAGCUGCUGCUGGACGAGCACCGGAAGCUCAAAGGCGUCCGCCGUGACGCCAAGUUCAUAGGAGACGAGCUUCGCAGCAUGAAGGCUGCACUGGAGGUGCUUGCGGAUGAAGAACAACUUGAACCUCCGAUGAGAAUUUGGCGGGAUGAUGUCCGUGAGCUUUCCUAUGACAUGGAAGAUUGCAUUGAUGGCUUCGUGGCUCAUGUCGACCAUGAGCUCGAUGGACGUACCAUGCUCAAGAAGUUCGUUGACAUGUUGAAGAAGCCCAAACAUCGCUAUCAGGCUGCUAGUGAGAUAGGUAAACUCAAGGCCCGUGCAACUGAGGCAAGCGAGAGGCACAAGAGGUAUAAUAUCAUCCGGCCAACACCUUGCAUUAGCACUUGUGCCAUUGACCCCCGGCUGCCGGCGCUUUACGCGGAGGUUGAUGAACUUGUUGGCAUUGAUGGUCCUAAGGACGAUAUCAUCGACUGGUUUCAGUGGGAGGCUACUUCUACGCAGCCUCAAGUGCUGUCUAUUGUUGGUUCUGGUGGUCUUGGUAAGACUACUCUAGCAAAGCAAGUCUAUCAUGCAUUGGAAAGCCAAUUUUCAUGUGCAGCUUUUGUGUCGGUUUCUCGAAAUCCUGAUAUGAGAAAGAUUCUAAGAGAUAUUGCUCAAGGAGUGGGGUUCACAGACAGCCCACCGGAUGAUGAUGUGCAACAAUUGAUCAGUAAACUCAGGCAGCAUCUUAAAGACGAAAGGUACUUUAUUGUAAUUGAUGAUGUGUGGAGCACGGACGUAUGGGAAACUAUCAGGCUUGUAUUAUUGAAUAAUAAUAACCAUGGGAGUAGAAUUAUCACUACAACACGUAAUACUGAAGUCGCAUCAUGUUGUUCUUCGGGUGGUGGUCAUGUUUAUAAAAUGGAACCCCUUACGUUUGAUGACUCUAAAAGGUUGUUUUUUAGAAGAGCAUUUGGUCCUGAGAAUUUAUGCCAUCCUCAUCUGGAAAAGGUCUCUAAUGACAUAUUAAGAAAAUGUUCUGGCCUACCAUUGGCUAUUAUUACUGUGUCUAGUUUGUUGGCUGAUCAGCAUGAAGAUGAAUGGAAGAGAGUGUUAGCUGCUAUUGGUUCUGCACUUGCAAAAGAUUCUGGUGCUGAUAAGAUGACAAAGAUAUUAUCUCUGAGCUACUUUGAUCUUCCUCACCAUCUGAGAGCCUGUUUGUUGUACUUGAGUAUAUUUCCAGAAGAUUCUGCUAUCUGGAAACGACAUUUGAUACAUAAAUGGAUUGCUGAAGGAUUCAUUCAUGAGAAACAAGGGCGAAAUCGAUAUGAAAUAGGUGAGAGUUAUUUUAACGAGCUCAUUAAUAGAAGCUUGAUCCAACCGGUUGGUGCAACAUUUAGCCAGGUAGAGUCAUGCCAAGUUCAUGAUAUCAUUCUGGAUUUCAUCACAUGCAAAGCUGCCGAAGAGAACUUUGUCACUAAAUUCAGUGAUGUAGAGGAUGGGCAAAAUUCAUGUUACAGUGUCCGGAGGCUUUUUGUCGGAAAUAACAGUAAUGAAAAGGUUGCCAUAUCAGCCCCGAUUCUCUCUCAUGUUCGGUCGCUCAUUAUAUAUGCGCAUGCCCCUCAAGUUUCUUUGUUGGCUUUCCCAGUUCUUCGUGUCUUGGACCUAGGAAAGUGCUGGUGGUUAGAAGAGCACCAUGUUGCAAAUAUUGAAAAGCUACUUCUUCUGAAGUAUCUGAGUCUUGCAAAUGUUACGCUCCUCCCCAAAAAAUUUGGAGAACUGCAGUAUUUGGAAACACUGGACAUAACAAAUACCAGAAUUCUAGAAAUGCCAUUGGCUGUUACAAGCCUCCAACGGCUGGCCAGUCUAAAUGUUCAUUACCACAUUAGAUUUCCGGAUGGAAUGAUUGGUAAGAUGCAAAGCUUGGAAGAGCUAGAGGCGUUCGGUGUCCACUCCUAUGAACAAGGGAAGCCACUAGAAGAAUUCAGCCAGCUAACCAAGAUGUGGAGGUUGAAAGUACAGCUGGGGAUGUUUGAAUUGUGGGAAGGAACAGGUCAAAUUGAGGACCUUCACGGUUACUUGGGAACAUUAGUAUCUUCAUGCAACCUUCGUCGUCUAAAUAUAUCCAAGCUAAGCUCGAACGUCUUAGCUGUCAAAACUUACUUUCCACUGUCACUGGAGUCGUGGUGUCCGACUACUCCCUGCAGCCUUCAGGAGCUUCACAUAACAUACUGUUUCAUUGACAAGGUUCCAAACUGGAUGAGCUUGCUCCGCAAUCUUAGAGAAUUAGAAAUCUAUGUCGUCAGUGUGAGACCAGAAGAUGUUAGGAUCCUUGGGUCAAUACCAACUUUGCUUAUCCUCAAACUAAAGACUUUCAGUAGCACUGAUGGAAGAAUUCUCAUUCAUGGGUUCAGCAAUUUGAAAUAUUUCCAUUUGGAACUCCUUCAUUGUGGGACCUCACUGGAGUUUGAAGAGGGAUCAAUGCCAAGGCUUGAGCACCUGGAGCUGGAGUUCCGUGUGCAUCAGAUGGAUUGCCUGAAUGGUUCUCCCAAUUUCGGUAUCCAACACCUCUCUGCCCUCCGCAAAGUUGAGGUCUGUAUUUUGUGCAACUUUGGCAAUAGAGACAAUCCGUUGGCAGGUUUAGAAUGCUGCUUUGGCAAAUUCAUUGGAAUGAUUAUUGAAGCUGACAUCGAGGCGCUUCCCAAUUGUUCCAGUUUCCUUUUACAAUAUGGACAUGUACCAUUCGGAAACGUGGCCUGCGAACAUUACACAAAAAUUGUGGAGACAGACUGUGAGAAGGAAGAUGAAGCAGGACGAGGAAAAGUUGGGAGUGCAGGAGCACCCCACUGGCAUGUGGGAGAAAAUUACUUUCGAAUGUCAUUUGGUUAAACAAAUAAUGUACGUUCUCGAUCCCUGGUAGCAUCAUGCAGAGCUGCACCAGUGUGCUGCUUCGCUAGAUGGGGAUCAUCGAAGAGGACAAGGAGAAUGCGGUCUCAGGGGCCUUCUUGAGCGCUAUUGGAGACAGUUUGAUCACCUUCUUUCCGAGCCCCAAGUGGCGAGUUUGGUGGCUCUGCCUGGUUGGUCACUUCGUCGACAACUAACUGGCGGAGACUGUGUCGCCACCGCGGCCACCAGUGUAGGCAAGCUCAAUAAAUCUUGUGAAGGCCUGGUCAGUUAUAUGCUGCUCUACUUUGGUUGCUGGAUGAUCAAGUAGCUAAUUAAGCCUUAGUAUUUUCCAAUCAAGAUUUGCUUUGUUUGUAAUGAUUAAGCAUGCUAUGCCGUGUUGAAUAUAGACUUUGUGCCUGUAGGCGCCUACAGUGUGAAAGUGGUUCUUGCUGCA